AACUGUAUGGUUUUGUGUAUAAUCAAAGGCUAACAAGUUUCCGAAAUUAUUAAACUUUUUCAAUUUGAUGAUUACCAAAAGUUUGUAUUCCUCAUUAGAACCAUGAAAAAGGAACACUUCAAUGUUGGCGAUAAAGUGUUUGCAAAGGUGAAAGGGUAUCCAGCAUGGCCUGCCAUAAUUUUAGAAGAAAACGGCAAAAAAUACAAGGUUAAAUUUUAUGGAACAGGAGAAACAGGACAGAUUAAAUCAGAAGAUUUGUUUUAUUACACAAGAAACAAAGGUAAAUUGUUGAAACCAUCAAAGAGGAAAGACUUCAAUGACUCCAUUAAAGAAAUCGAGGAAGCAAUUUCAGAAGCUGGCACUGAUGGUGAUCCUAAUUAUGGAAUGGAAAGUAAUGAUUCGAUUUUAAGUGAUUCCUCAGUUGUAGUAGAUUCUGGGUCUAGUGGUUCCAAAAAAAGGAAAAGGUCUCUAUCAGUAGUCAAAUCAGUAGAAGAUACUUCACUUAAUAAAGCAAAAAAGGGCAAAUUUUCAAACGUCAAUACUACUGAAGAUCCAGUUCCAGAAGAAAAACAUUCUAGUACAGUUGAUACUGAGGCACAUGAAUUAGCUAAAGAACCAGAUUUACAGACACCUCAAGAGGAUAAACCUGUCAUUGAUGAAAAAGAUGAAAGUCAGGCUGGUACUGAUGAAGUUCAUCUUGUUGAAUCUACAAAAAAGGAUGAUGUGGAUGCGUCAGUUGAAAAUGAUAUUGUUUAUGAAGAGACACCACAGGAAGAAAUUAAGAAAGAGGAAACCCCAGGAUUUGCAGAUUUUGUUCUAGAAAAGGAGCUUGAAGCCUUCAUAGCAUAUGGUGAUUAUGUGGAGAAGAAUAAGGAAAUUUACCUCAAAAUGCCGGUUCAAAAAGAGCACUGUAGAAAACUUCAGGUAUUACCUUUAUUCAUUGGGGAUAAAUGUAUAGGCAUAAAGCUUCAUGAGAAGAGGUGUUCAGAAGAAUUCAAAAAUGAAUAUGAAAGCGCAACUCAUAAUAAACAAAUAUCAGAAAAAGCUAUACAAUUAAAAAGUUCAUUUAAACUAGAUAAUUUGCAAAAGUUUCCUGAAAUGUAUUGCGAGGUCUUAAAAACUACAGAAGACGAAUUGAAGCUCUUUUGGGAGAAGAAAUUGCAAACGAUCAAGGAGAAAAUGUUAGAAAGGCUGAAAGUUGAGAGUAAACUUCUAGAAAUUGAGUCCCAAAUCAAAAGUUGUCUAAAUUUAGACAAAGCUGAUCCUAAAGAAGCUAUCAGUCUUCUAGAAAAUAUGCAAAAUUUGGAUGUUGUCUCUGUAAUGUUGAAGAAACAUGCUCACGUUGUCGAUAUGAUCAGAAGGUUGAAGAAAUAUGUUGGCAACUUGGAAAGCUGGAAUUUACCAGAAAGUGAGGCAAACACAUUCAAAAAAGGCGCUGAAAAAGUGAGAGGUUUUGCUUUGAAGCUACAUGUAAAAUUCAUGAAGAUCAUAGGUAAACCAGAGUCGAAUCAGUCAUUCUGGGACUAUUUCAAUGAUAUUGCUACCAAGUUCCGAGAAGAAACCAAGGAUCUCAGUGAGGUGGAGUUUUAUUUGUUAACCAGUUGGCCCUACACAGUGGAUAAUUUCAUGAACAGUUAUCUCAUCAAAGAUAUAUCUUUUCCUUUACCUUCACAAAUUGACACAAUUGUAAGUAAGGAUGUUGAUGUUUGUAUUACUUCUCGAAAGGGAAAAUACAUUUUCACUGGCCUGCCUGGUUCGGGCAAGUGCUCUUUGAUCAAUUGCUUGGUGGAAGAUGGUAUUGUGGACUUUGCCUCGUUCAGUAUUCAGUACGGCCAGAGCAGCGGAGAGACCGUCAAAAAUAGCUAUAAAGGAUUAUGGAAGAAAUCCGGUAAGCUGCUGUUCCUUGGGUUGGACAACGCCGGCAAAACCACCCUCUUACACAUGCUAAAGGACGACAGGCUAGCGCAGCAUCUGCCUACUCUACAUCCCACGUCAGAGGAAUUAUCCAUUGGCAACAUCAGAUUUACCACAUUUGAUUUAGGUGGCCAUUCACAAGCAAGAAGGGUGUGGAAAGACUAUUUCCCAGCCGUAGACGCUAUCGUUUUCUUAAUCGAUGCCUUCGACAGGUCCAGAUUCCGCGAGAGUAAAAAAGAAUUAGAUAGUUUAUUAACGGACGAAACGCUGGCCAAUUGUCCCAUCCUCAUUUUGGGCAACAAAAUAGAUAUCACCGGUGCCGCUUCGGAAGAAGAACUUAGAACAUAUUUCGCCCUAUACAAUCAAACUACUGGCAAGAAACUAGGGUUCAUCAUGUCUGGAGGAAUGAAGUGCGACAAUUGCGGCAGCUCCGAGAUAGAAAUUGAUUCAUCUCGGGGUGAUGCAGUCUGUGUAAAUUGUGGCUCUGUUCUUGGAGCCAAUAUAAUCGUUUCUGAAGUACAGUUUGAAGAAGGGGCCCAAGGUUCAAGUAGGGCUAUUGGUCAAUUUGUCUCAGCUGAAUCUAAAGGUGCAUUCAGCAAAUUAGGAGCAAAUCUUAACUUUCGUCCCAACUCCGAUUCCAGAGAAGUCACAUUGCGGAAAGCCAGAAAUGGCAUUCAGAUGUUGUGCAGUAAUCUCUCAUUAUCUAGUGUCUACGUUGAUACGGCAUGUAAUUUCUUCAAGAUGGCUUUAUGUCGAAAUUUAACCAAAGGACGAAAAAAUACACAUGUUUAUGCUGCUUGUGUUUAUUUAACUUGCCGUACUGAAGGAACAGGACAUUUAUUGAUUGACAUAAGUGAUAUUUUGAACAUUUGUUGUUAUGAGCUAGGUAGGACUUACUUGAGAUUAUCUCAAGAGUUAUGUAUUAAUAUUCCUGCUAUCGAUCCUUGUAUUUACAUCUUGAGGUUUGCUUCCAAGUUGGAUUUUGGAAAUAAGACACAAAUGGUUGCCAAUACAGCUUUGAGACUGGUUCAGAGAAUGAAGAGAGACUCAAUACAUUCGGGUAGGAAGCCUACAGGCCUAUGUGGUGCUGCUCUUCUGAUAGCAGCAAGAUUACAUGAGUUUGGACGUUCUACUGGUGAUAUUGUGAAAAUUGUAAAAGUGCAUGAAACUACUUUGAAAAAGAGGCUGAUUGAAUUCGGUGACACUCCUAGCAGUGCAUUGACAUUAGAUGAAUUCAUGACAGUGGAUUUAGAAGAUGAGCAGGAUCCACCAUCGUUUAAAGCUGCUAGGAAAAAAGAUAAGGAAAGAUUGCAAAGAUUGAUAGAAGAUGAGUCAGAAAGCAUCAAGAAUCUGCAGAAAUUAAUCGAAGCACAGCUGGAGAAAGACAGAAAGAAGCGCCCGCAACUUUCAGCGAAUCUGAGAAAAUUAACGGAAGCUCAGGAAACCGAAAUUUUCAUAAAAGAAUCAACUCUAGGUACUAUUAACGAUUUAAUUCCAACAUGCACUGGAGCACAGGCUCCGGAUGAAGUUGUUGGGCUGGGUCCAGACAUCGAGAGCAUGGGGCUGGCAAAGUCUUUGGAUGAUACUUCCAAUGCUCCAAGUCAAAUUCCGUCAUCAGAUAGUUUGGAUGUUGAUUUGAAUUUCGACGAUAUAGAUGAUGACGAGAUCGACACAUACAUAUUGUCUGAAAACGAAUAUGUACACAAAAAUACUUUGUGGCACACCAGAAACGCUCAAUUUCUGGAGGAACAAAAAGAGAGGGAGGAACGGAAGAAACAAGAAUUGGAAGAUGGCAAACAGAAGAAGAAGAGAAAAACCACCAAAAAAACUUCUUCUGCUUCCAGUUCGGCAAAAGAAGCCAUAGAAAAGAUCAUACAAGAAAAAAAAAUUUCUUCCAAAAUAAAUUACGACGUGUUGAAAUGUUUGAGCGCAGAGACUGAGAAAACUAAGUGUGAAACUAACAAUGAACCACCAAAUAAACGGCAAAGGUUAUCUUCGGUUUCUUCGAGUUGUUCUCAAGCCUCCACUUUGUCGCAAAUGAUUGUAGCUCGUAGAGAGAAGACAGCCAAGGAUAGUUCAGAGUUAUCCCAUGUGAAUGACUUUGGUAGGAAGGGGGAAGAAUCCACUGUUGAGGACGAAGAGGAAGAUGAAGAGUUUGAAGACAAUCGUCCUGUUGAAAAUGAAGUGGGGGUUCUUCAGAUGUUUAGGCAAUUCAAGGAGAAUGAUGGAGAUGAUAAUGAUUAUUAUGAUUAUGAUGAUUAUGAAUAAUUUAUAUACUCAAGUUAUGAUAAUGAAUUGUUGUAUACUAAUUUUUAAUACGUAACUUAUUUUAUUUGUUGAUAUUAAAUGUUGAUGAAAUAUU